AUGAAUCCCUUUUCGUCUGGGACGCGUCUAAGGGACAUGAUUAGGGCAAUACGAGCCUGCAAAACUGCUGCAGAAGAGCGUGCUGUUGUUAGAAAAGAAUGUGCUUCUAUUCGUGCAUCAGUUAGUGAUAAUGAUAAUGAUUACAGACACCGUAACUUGGCAAAGCUCAUGUUCAGUCACAUGUUAGGAUACCCAACACAUUUUGGCCAAAUGGAAUGCUUGAAACUUAUAGCAGCUCCUGGAUUCCCUGAAAAGAGAAUAGGAUAUCUGGGACUUCUGUUGGUUCUUGAUGAAAGACAAGAAGUUUUGAUGCUUGUCACCAAUUCACUAAAGCAAGAUCUUAACCACACCAAUCAGUACAUUGUGGGACUAGCUCUUUGUGCUUUGGGUAAUAUAUGUUCAGCAGAAAUGGCUCGUGAUCUUGCACCUGAAGUUGAAAGAUUGCUGCAAUUUCGAGAUCCAAAUAUUCGUAAGAAAGCAGCAUUGUGCUCAAUAAAGAUUGUAAAGAAGGUCCCUGACCUUGCAGAAAAUUUUGUCAACCCUGUUGUUUCCUUACUUAAAGAAAAACAUCAUGGGGUUCUUUUAACAGCAAUCCAGCUCUGUACAGAUCUCUGUAACCUUAAUGAAGAGGCUCUUGAAUUUUUCAGGAAGAAAUGCACAGAGUGUAUUGCAGACCCUUUUCUUCAUAUAAGACUGCUUCGCCUUUUGCCUGUUUUGGGCCAUGGAGAUGCUAAUGCUAGUGAUUCCAUGAAUGACAUUCUUGCCCAGGUGGCAACAAAAACUGAGUCAAACAAGAAUGCAGGGAAUGCAAUACUUUAUGAAUGUGUAGAAACCAUUAUGAGCAUUGAAGAUAGCAGUGGUUUAUGUGUUCUUGCAAUCAAUAUAUUGGGAAGAUUCUUGUCUAAUCGUGACAACAAUAUCAGAUAUGUUGCAUUGAACAUGCUGAUGAAAGCAAUUUCAGUAGAUGAUCAAGCAGUUCAGAGACAUCGUGCAACAAUCUUGGAAUGUGUAAAGGAUUCAGAUGCUUCAAUUCGUAAAAGAGCUCUUGAACUUGUAUACCUUCUGGUGAAUGAGACGAAUGUCAAACCUUUGACCAAGGAGUUAAUUGAUUAUCUACAUGUAAGCUUUCCCUUGAUAAGAUUUGGUACAUUGAUCAGAUGCUCAUGGUUCUUUCUGAGAUUAGGGAGGACACUUGUAAUGGAACUGAUGAUUGUUGCUGGAAAGGUUGUUCCUAUUUUACAGCUGGAACAUGGAGUAGCUGUUGUUAUAGUGUAUGCAGGGUCAUUCAUGACUUCUCUUGAUAUAGGAGCGUUUUCAAUAUCUAUAAUUAAGGCAGAGCAAGCAAUUCUACAAUGCCUGGAUGUUGCAGCUAAGGCUCCACAUUGGCCUAUUGGUGUUGAUGGCUACUCUCAAUCUUAUCUGGAAGCUAAUUUGUUUAAGCAUUAUCAGCAAGAUGCAGUAAAGACUUGGAGUUGAAUUUGGCUAAGUCAUUAUUGAGUGAGAUGGGCCAAUGCACAACUGCUUAUCCAUAUAAUCAGCUGUUUGGAGCAUUAGUCUUAAAGAAUUAUGAAAGGCAAGAUGCAACUUUAGUUAGUUGGAAUUCGAUGUACAUAGUAGAUUAGAUGCAAAUUUAUAUAUUGUAAGAAAUAGAAUUGUAUGACAUUAAAGUUAUGUAAUGGAU